GGGAGUGAGGGGGGAUGUAAGGGCAGUCUCGUGACAGUCUGGUUUAUCUGUGGCGCGCGCUCAGGUGCAGCUCUCAGUGCGCUUUCGCCUCACCUUCGCGGCCAGCUCGGCUGCGAGGAUGGUGCGCGUCGCCAUUGCCGCUUUUGCCUCGCCUCUUCUUUGCCUGCUGCUGGCCCUCGGGUUCAGUGCUUGGCUCGGCGCUGAAGUGGCCGCCGUCGCCAGGGUCAGAGGCUCGCGGAAGCCCAAUGUGGUGCUGAUCCUUACAGACGACCAAGAUAUCUACCUGGGCGGGAUGACACCGCUGAAAAAGACCAAUGCUUUUAUUGCAGAGAUGGGGGUAACCUUCUCAAAUGCAUAUGUGCCCAGUGCAUUGUGCUGUCCCAGUAGAGCCAGCAUCUUGACUGGAAAAUAUCCCCAUAAUCAUCAUGUUGUCAAUAAUACAUUGGAGGGAAAUUGCAGUAGCAGGUCCUGGCAGAAGAUUCAGGAACCAUAUACCUUUCCUGCUAUCCUCAAGUCCCUGUGUGGCUACCAGACAUUCUUCGCUGGGAAAUAUUUGAAUGAGUAUGGAGCAGAAGAUGCAGGAGGAAUUGGCCAUGUUCCUCCUGGAUGGAGUUUUUGGUAUGCAUUGGAAAAAAAUUCCAAAUAUUAUAAUUACACACUUUCAGUAAAUGGAAAAGCACGAAGGCAUGGUGAGAACUACAGUGCUGAUUACCUGACAGAUGUGCUGGCCAACAUAUCCUUGGAUUUUCUGGAAUAUAAAUCCAACUUCGAGCCAUUCUUCAUGAUGAUAGCAACUCCAGCACCCCACUCACCUUGGAUAGCUGCUCCUCAAUAUAAGAAGAGCUUUGAGAAUGUCAGUGCUCCAAGAAAUAGUAAUUUCAACAUUCAUGGAAAGGACAAGCACUGGCUCAUAAGGCAAGCAAAGACUCCAAUGACUAAUUCAUCAAUACAAUUUCUAGAUGAUGCUUUUAAGAAAAGAUGGCAGACACUUCUGUCAGUGGAUGAUCUGGUUGAAAAACUUGUGAAGAGGCUGGAAUUUCAUGAAGAAUUGGAUAAUACAUACAUCUUUUACACAUCAGACAAUGGUUUUCAUACAGGUCAGUUUUCUUUGCCUAUUGACAAACGACAGCUCUACGAGUUUGACAUUAAAGUUCCAUUGUUAGUUCGAGGACCAGGAGUCAAACCCAACCAGACAAACAAGAUGCUUGUGGCAAACAUUGAUUUGGGUCCUACUAUUUUAGAUAUUGCAGGCUAUGAUCUAAAUAAAACACAGAUGGAUGGGAUGUCAUUACUACCGUUGCUGAGAGGAGAUGCAAAUAUAACUUGGAGAUCGGAUGUUUUGGUUGAAUACCAAGGAGAAGGGCAUAACAGUAGUGAUCCUACCUGCCCUGCCCUAGGGCCUGGUGUCACUCAUUGUUUUCCAGACUGUGUUUGUGAAGAUGCAUAUAACAAUACAUAUGCAUGUGUAAGAACACUCUCCGCUUCAUGGGAUUUGCAGUACUGUGAAUUUGAUGAUCGUGAGGUCUUUGUUGAAGUUUACAACUUGACUGCAGACCCACACCAGAUUACCAAUAUUGCAAAAACAAUAGAUCAAGAAAUCUUAGAAAAUAUGAACUAUCGACUAAUGAUGUUGCAGUCCUGUUCUGGAGCAACGUGCCGCACACCAGGAGUCUUUGAUCCAGGAUACAAGUUCAACCCACAUCUGAUGUUCAGCAAUCAUGGACCAGAGACUCGCAGGCUGUUUACACGUUCGUUGUAGCUACAUUGGCUGACCUAUUUUGUUACCUAUGUCCAUUUCUUCAACGUGACUGCAGAAGAUCUGCUUAAUCUACUCUGACUACAUCUAAAAUACUUGAUCAGCUGGCUUCGUUUGGAGAAAAUAACCUCCCCAGCUGGUUGCCUUGUGCAAUAUGUGUGUGUUACAGACAUCAUCAAUGUAGUUCACUCAGAUCUGAUUACCAAUGUGAAAAGUUGCAUCCUGGUGUACAAUGCUGACUUGUGGUCAGGAAUGUGAAUUUGUUUGAUGUAUGUGAAAGAGUGAAGUUGGGAGCUGUGUUGACUAUUUAUCUUACUGCUUGGAGAGGUGGCCCUGAGGGAGGAGGGGCAGGGUCAUCCUGAACCUGCCUUGUAGGCAUAGACUGCAUCCUUGCAGUUACCUGAUAAGCUGUUUGUAUUCUAAAUCUAGUAUAAUCAAGUUAACCAGGGAGGCUGCCAUUCCCUGUCUUUGUAAUAUCAAUCAUCUCAGCUUUCAAAUCUGAACAAAGUAAACCACUAAAUGAACAUUGUUCCCAAAGACAAGUGUUGUCAUUAAGCACAUUCUCUGUUUUGUACAACUACCACCAAUUUAAGAGUGAUCAUUUAAUUGGAAAAUUUACAUUCUCAAAAGAAAGGUAGUAUGCCACGAAGGGAAAGAGUGUUUCCAGUGUCUUGUCUGAGAAAUUUGCUUUAGGAUAGUGAUUACUCUAAGCCUGCAUUAAGAACCUUUAUGCCAGAGAACUGCAAGUCAUAUUUCUUUGGUGCCCAGACUUGAUGCUUUGGGAAGCAGUAAUUCCUUCCCAUUCUUGAUUGUCAUGUCUGUUAGCACUUGUUGAACAUUUGGUCCUUUUAAAUAUAAUAUUCAGAAAAGUUUAUCUAAUUAUUUUACAAGCUGUUAGAAGUUUGCUUGAAUACCAGACUAAUAAUCAUCUUCUGAAAUGUGGGCAUUUGUUACUUGUUCCCUUAAAGGUAGUACACAGAUAGCAGUAGAAGCGCCUCUUCAAGAGGCAAGCUGUCUUAAUUGGCUGGCUUAUUUCAAGAAUAUAUCCUUAAACAGCUGGAUGCAACAGAAUGCCUCCGAGAAUUCCUUAUAUACAUAUUCCAGUCUUACCCACUUAAUGAUAGACAGGAGCAAUAAAUACAAAUGUUUA